CCCGGGAUUGGCUGGCUGCAACAUGGCGGAGCGCGGCGGGGCGAAGCGCGUUCGGGAGGGAAAAGAAGAAAAGGUUGAUUGGCGCAAAUGGAAGCAACAAAAAAAAGAAGAGAAGAAAAAAUGGAAAGAGACAAAACUGUUGAAGAAGCUGGAGAAGGAGAAAGCCCGAGAGCUGAUGGAGAGAGAGAGAGAAGCAGCAAAGCCAACGGAGGAAAAAGGGCGGAACUACACAGUCAGCGUGGCUGUCCCUGGCUCCAUUCUAAGUAAUGCCCAGUCUCCUGAACUGAGGACGUAUCUAGCCGGACAAAUAGCCCGAGCCUGCGUCAUCUUCUGCGUGGACGAAAUUGUGGUCUUUGACGAACAAGGAGAAAAUUCCAAGACCAUCGAAGGCGAGUUCCAGGGGGUCAAGGGCAAAGGCCAGGCCUGCGUGCAGCUAGCCCGGAUCCUUCAGUACCUGGAGUGCCCACAGUACCUCAGGAAGUCUUUUUUCCCCAAGCACCAGGACCUGCAGUUUGCUGGGCUCCUGAAUCCUCUGGACAGCCCACACCAUGUCCGAAUGGACGAAGAGUCGGAAUAUCGGGAAGGGGUCGUUCUGGCCCGGCCCACCAGGCCUGGCCGAGGGUCUUUCGUCAACUGUGGGAUGCGGAAGGAGGUCCAGAUAGACAAACAAUUGGAAGCCGGCCUUCGCGUCACCGUGCGCCUGGAUGAAAAGCAGAACGCAGAGAGCAAAACGCAGAAGGGUGUUGUCGUAUCGUCACAAAGUCCCCGCACCGUCUCUGGCCUUUACUGGGGCUACAGCGUCCGACUGGCUUCGUGUCUGAGUGCUGUCUUUGCUGAAUCCCCGUUCAAGGACGGCUACGAUCUCUCCAUUGGAACCUCGGAGCGUGGAUCCUCCAUAGAUGAAGCCACUCUACCUGCCUUCAGUCAUGCUUUAAUCAUCUUCGGCGGUGUGCAGGGCCUUGAAACGGGAGUGGAUGCGGAUCCCAACCUGGAUGUCAGCGACCCUGGUACCUUGUUCGAUUUGUAUUUGAACACCUGUCCGGGGCAAGGAAGCCGCACCAUCAGGACGGAGGAAGCCCUCCUGGUCUCUCUCUCGGCUCUGAGGCCCAAGAUUGACGCAGCGGCUAAGAAAGGACAAAGUGGGAGCUGUGAGUGAGCCCCCCCACUCUCCCCCAUGGAUGGUGGUGGGGCAAAUGAGAAGAAACAGAAGCAAGGCUGUUUUUGCUACGGGUUCGAAUCAUCCCUUGGGCGGGGAGCAAAUGCACGAGGGCCGGUCGAGCUGCCUAAAGGGACCCGCUGGGGCACCCUGGGAGGGGGUGUCGAGAUGGUGGCCCCCAUGAACCCAUGGGGUUCAAGACGGAUCAUAGAACAAAGUUCUUAAACUGGGCAACUCGACAAGGUGUGGCCUUCACCUCCCAGCAUUCUGCAGCUCCUUUCCCUUCAAAAAGUGGGGGGGCCACACCGCCAUUUGAUUCAUGUUGGUGUGCUUUUAAAGUUAUUUAUAACAACGGGGGGAAACCGCAACCCCCCUCCCUCAAACCAGAAACUGCAGUUGAAGCUGGAGGAAGGGAGGCUGCUCCAUCCUCUCCGUCGGUGAGAAGAAAUGUUUUUAAAGGAUUAUUUACAGCUAUAGGGCCCUGCACACCAAGACAACUAGACACAGGAACAGUUUUUCCCCCGAACGCCAUCACUCUGCUAAACAAAUAAUUCC